GUCGCAUUAAUGUUCAUGGAGGAGAGCAAUUUAUGCGAAUGCGAAGUCCCAAUAAAGGUUAUCGGUGAUAUCCAUGCUCAAUACCAGGAUAUGAACCGCUUGUUUGACCUUGUCGGUCGAGUACCAGAAGAGAGAUUUAUCUUUCUCGGAGACUACGUUGACCGAGGACCACAAGGUGUUGAGGUCAUUAUUCUCUUGUUCGCUCUUAAACUUCGUUAUCGUGAUCGCAUUUAUCUGCUUCGUGGAAAUCACGAGACUCCAGCUGUGAACAAAAUCUACGGUUUCUACAAUGAAUGCGUUAUGAAGUACGGUGCUGGAAUGUGGUGGGACUUUCAAUGGUGUUUCAAUCGAAUACCGCUUGCUGGACUCAUUUCGAAGAAAGUUUUAUGCAUGCACGGAGGGCUAUCACCAGAACUGAAUCAUCUGGAUGUGAUUCGCAACAUACCUCGUCCGUGUGAACCUCUCGAUCGUGGAUUGCUCAUCGAUCUUACGUGGUCGGAUCCUACUAAUAAGGGAGAUGGACCGUUCUCUCAUGUUUCAGGGAUCAGCUACAUGUUUGGGAAAGGUGUUGUUCAACAAGCUUGCCAAAUGCUCGGCAUAGAUUUGAUUAUUCGUGCACACCAGGUAGUUCAAGACGGUUAUGAAAUGAUGGCGGGACGUCGACUCAUUACCGUAUUCUCGGCUCCGAAUUACUGUGGACAGUUCACAAAUGCUGCGGCUAUUGUUUGUCUUGAUGAAGAUAUGCAGGUAAGGCAAACCUUCAAGCGAUCAGCUUCAGUCGUGUCUUUGUGUGUUAUACCUGUACAGACCAACACAACGGAUUCAACUGCUUUCCUUCUCUGA